AUGGCGGCCUACUCCGCCGAGAAGGCGCGGGCGCUGGAGCAGUGCGAGAGGGAUCUGGACCUGGCGAUCGAGCGCCUGGGCAAUCUGCGGCUGGAUCCCGAGCACGACGCCGCUCCUGACAUCAACGGCGACGUCAUCCGUCACGCCCCCGCCGCCGCCGCCGCCGCAGUCCCUGUCCCGUCAGGCGGUGGCAUCAUCAGCCGCGCGGAAUGGAUCGAGAGGCUCAUGAUGGAGAUGUCGAGCGCCGCGGACGCGGGCGACGCCAGGGCCCGCGCCGCCAGGUUCCUGGAGGACUUCGGCGCCGCCGCCGCCUCCCGCGCGGAGCGGGACGGGGCCCUGGCCCUGCGGGAGAACGCCAUCCUGAAGAAGGCCGUGCGCCUGCAGCACCGGCUGGACAGGGAGAAGGCGGCGGCGAACCGGGAGCUCCAGGAGCGCGUGAGGAGCCUGGAGCCCUGGAGGCGGACAAGUACGCGCUGUCCGUGCACCUCAAGCGCGCGCGGCCGCAGGGGGGGGUCCAUGAGCGGGCGGUUCCACCCGGAGGUUUUCUGA